ACUCUGGGAUAUACUGAACAUAUACUGAACAUAUACUGAACGACAGAGGGGAAGAGGAGGAGGAAGAGGAAACAACCAGAAACUAAAGCACUGGCCCACAAUAUUGACCUGACUGAGGAUAGAGAGAGAGGGGACGACAAGAUAACACAACAACCACAACGAGAGAAGGGGAUGAGACAAGAAGAGAAAACACGGAAUCUACUUUGUUUGGAUCAGAGGGACAAUAUCCUUUCCGAGUUACAACGACAGAGAGCACAGAGCAAUUUCCUUGCUGUCAGGUUCUGGUGUGGUUGCUGUUAGGGACUUGAAGGUUCCAUGCUACUUCAGUGCCAUUGACAGUGCCAGGGCCCACGGUGGGUAGUGGUAGUAUUGACAGUGCCAGGGCCCACGGUGCGGUAGUGGUAGCAUUGACUGGCUAAUUGCAGACAGAAGGCAGAGGACUUUGUAGCAAUCUGGGGAUGACACCACUGUUCUCCUCAAUCAGACAGUGUUCAGCGAGGUGUGUGCUGCAGUCCGGUUACCCUCAGUAAGUUAUACGCUCUCUGGGCCGGGCCCUCGCCGCUGCUGCAUUAGGAGCCGCCAAUCAGAACCAACAACCAACUCCACACGAACCGCAGCAGCUGAACUGAGCUCACUGACGGAGCGGGCGGUGAACACGAGACUCAACACAGGGACUGAACAUAGUGACUGGAAGCAGCCGUGUACAGCAGAGAGAGACAUUGUGAUCCUGUAUAAACAUACAGAGAGAGGACAUACAUACACGCUACAUCUCUACAGUGGGACGAAUAGAGAGAGAGAUGUAGCCUAUAGAGUAAUGCUAUACGUGUGAUCCUGUAGGGUGUUUAUAUCACACAGGGAGACUGUAGUCGUUUGUAAAGCAGUUACCAUCACAGUUGGAGACGGUGAUGUGUGAUAUCGAACCGUGGGAGACAAUUUAGCUGAUGACGUGUUUGUGUUGUCAAAAGUAUCAUGUGUGGGGAUGGAGCCCCGAGUUGAGAGAUAUGGGUACAGAAACAGUAUAAUGACUUGUUUCAGAUGGUUUACUCCGAUGUGUCUGUCUGGCUGAUGUAGAGUAAAGAUAUUGGUUUGCUUGGUGUUGGGAUUCUGGUCUGUGGUUUGCCAUUUGAGUGGUUCUAGCCUGUUGGUUUGUAUCAUUGCUUUGCUCCAUUGAUUUGAUGUUUAGUUAUGUAGUCCUACACAGCAGAGCAGCUCGGUUGGCAGACAGUCAUUUGGCUAAUUGUGUGCUGAUAGUUCGUAGCAACGUUGUAAGACAUUCCAGAUCGACGCUGUGGUGAUGUUAGAUCGGUGGUGUUUUAUCAAAAGACUGCAGCUCUGAAGAAUCGUGCGUGUUGUGUCCUGGUAAAACCCCGGCUUUGUUGUGUGUCACUGCAGCCCUAGUUGUGCUCUGCUCUGCUGUGCUCUGCUGUGCUCUGCUGUGCUCUGCUCUGCUGUGUUGUACGGCGCCUGUGUCCUGUGUCACAGAGGAAGCAUUGAUCAGACAGCUACUGAGGCUCAAUACACAAUGAGGCCUGGCCCGAGAUCUCUCCUCCUCCCCACCCCCCUCUCCCUCUCCCUGCGUGCCCUGCUCCUGCUCUGCCUUGCGCCGCGUUGCCAAGCGGUGCAGGCUGAGAAUGUGACAGUUUUGGAGGGAGGCACGGCCCAGAUCUCCUGUCGUCUGCAGAACUAUGACGGCUCCAUCGUUGUCAUCCAGAACCCUCGCAGACAGACCCUCUUCUUCAACGGCACACGAGCGUUGAAGGACGACCGUUUCCAGAUGGUUCUCUUCACUCCCCGUCUGGUGCGCAUCACCCUCACCAACGUGAGCGUGUCGGACGAGGGCGGCUACUUCUGCCAGCUCUACACCGACGACACCCACCACCAAGUGGCCACUCUGUCCGUGUCCGUCCCUCCCGACACCCCCGCGGUGGAGGUGAGGCAGGAGGCCGUGGAGGGGGGCGAGGUGGAGCUCACCUGCCUGUCGCCGCGCAGCAAGCCCCCCGCCACGCUGCGCUGGAUCAGGGACCGCCGGGAGAUACCAGGUGUGGUGUCCCAGCAGGAAAAUGGGAAGACAGUGAGUGUGUCCAGCACCAUCCGUCUCCCUGUGGAGAGAAAAGACAACGGGGCAGCGGUCAGCUGUGAGGCAUCCCACCCCGCCCUGGGGGGGCAGAAGAGGGUCCGCCACUACCGCCUCGACGUCCACUUUGCCCCCACAGUGAGGAUCAUCCCUCCCCCUGGCAUCCUCCGAGAGGGAGACUCUCUCAGCCUCACCUGCUCCAUCACUGGCAACCCACUGCCUAGAGAUGUCCAGUGGACUAGGAUUAAUGACACCUUACCUGAGAGGGCGGAGAUCUCUGGCCCCACCCUGCAGGUGGCCCGUCUCAGCCAAUCACACAACGGGACCUACCUGUGUCAGGCGCAGAACAACUACGGCCGUGCCGCCGACCACUACACGCUGCUGGUGUACGAGAAUGUGUCUGUCACUACCAUGGUCCUUCCCACCUCCCAUCACGCCACCUCCCACCCAACCACCCUCCUCCUAACCCCCAGCUACGCACCGGACCCCCGAGACCCCGGGGCAGUGAUUGAGACCCACAGUGCAGUACCGUACGCUGUGAUAGGGGGCGUCCUGGCUCUGCUGGUCUUCACCGUCAUCUGUGUUCUCAUCGUCACCGUCUGGUGCUCUGUCCGACAGAAAGGCUCAUAUCGUACCCAGGAGCCUAUACUUAAUUGGUACUGACCUAAUUCUAACUGAACUAAUAAUUAAUCACAGGUUCAUAUCUUACCCAUGAGGCCAGUGGGUUGGACGAGCAUGGGGAGGUCCAGGAGGCUUUCCUCAACGGGAAUGAUGCCAGUCAGGGCAAGAAGGAGUACCUACUGUAGCCUCCAUCCCCAAAACCCACACCCCUCCCCCAACCCGCCAUGACGGGUGGCCUUCUGAAUCGACUGUAGUCCUACUGCACACAGACCACAUUACAGACCACAACACAGACCACAACACAGACCAGAACAGAGACUGAAAGAGAGACGAUCCGUCCAGCCCUUACAUUACAACUGUGCCAUACUGUAGGUGUACUGGAGGAAGGAGCGAGGGAGCGAGGGAGGAUGACAGAGAUAGGGGAAAGUGAUAAUAGGGUCAUUAUUUUGAUAGAAGAAGAGAUAACAAGAAAGAGAGCCUCAGCACUUCCCUUCCCUGUGGUAAUUGGAGAGGGAGGAAGAGAGAGAGGGGAAAGAGAAAAAACGUACAUUUCCAAAAUGUUCAAUCCAUAACUGGCACAGACAAACAGGUGGGGUGGGUAUGAUUUCCAGAAGCUAUUGAGUUUGAAUGCUCAAUUUGAUUACUUGAAAUUGCCAAAGCACAUCAGCCCACAGAGAGCAGCUCAUCUAUAAUUAUUUGACAACAUUGCAGAGUGUUACCCUGAAAGUCUCUUAAAGUAUUUCUGAACUAUUCAGUCAAUUCUGCAGACAACCCAGGUAUUGUAUUUGUCGUCCGUUCUGGGGAGUCUGCCAAUGUCUUCUGGGUAAUUUAGAAACCUUCCUGUUAUGAAUGACUGCUUUCCUCGCAGAACAGAACUGUUGUUUCUCUUCUUUGAAUUCUCUCUCUCUUUCUCCCUCCCUCUCUCUUCACCUCUCUUUCUAGUCCCCGUCUUCCCCCUUGUUCCCUCCCUCUCUCUUCACCUCUCUUUCUAGUCCCAGUCUUCCCCCUUGUUCCCUCCCUCUCUCUUCACCUCUCUUUCUAGUCCCCGUCUUCCCCCUUGUUCCCUCCCUUUCUCUUCACCUCUCUUUCUAGUCCCAGUCUUCCCCCUUGUUCCCUCCCUCUCUCUUCACCUCUCUUUCUAGUCCCAGUCUUCCCCCUUGUUCCCUCCCUCACUUUUCACCUCUCUUUCUAGUCCCAGUCUUCCCCCUUGUUCCCUCCCUCUCUCUUCACCUCUCUUUCUAGUCCCAGUCUUCCCCCUUGUUCCCUCCCUCUCUCUUCACCUCUCUUUCUAGUCCCAGUCUUCCCCUUGUUCCCUCCCUCUCUCUUC